AUGGCAACUAUUGCUUCCGAAUACGGUAACGAAGCCUCCAAUACGCCAAUUCAACAUCAAUUCAAUCCAUAUUCUGACAAUGGUGGUACAAUUCUAGGGAUUGCAGGAGAGGACUUUGCAGUGCUAGCUGGUGAUACUAGACACACAACAGACUAUUCAAUUAAUUCUAGGUACGAACCAAAAGUCUUCCAAUGUGAAGAUGAUAUCCUAAUUAGUGCGAAUGGGUUUGCUGCUGAUGGUGAGGCCUUAGUUAAGAGAUUCAAGAACAGUUUGAAAUGGUACCACUUCAACCAUAACAAGAAGCUCUCGCUUAAAAGUGCGGCAAGAAAUAUCCAACAUCUUCUUUACGGAAAAAGAAUGUUCCCAUACUAUGUCCACACCAUUAUUGCAGGUUUAGACGAGGAAGGUAAGGGUGCAGUGUACUCUUUCGAUCCUGUUGGCUCUUAUGAAAGAGAACAAUGCAGAGCUGGUGGAUCUGCUGCUUCUUUAAUCAUGCCAUUUUUGGAUAACCAAGUGAACUUCAAGAAUCAAUAUGAACCAGACUCCAAUGGAACAAAGCGGAAAGAGGUAAAAUAUCUAAGCGUGGAUGAAGUUAUUAAGUUAGUGAGGGAUGCAUUCACAUCAGCUACUGAAAGACAUAUUAACGUUGGUGACGGUCUUGAGAUUUUCAUUGUUACCAAAGAUGGUGUAAGAAAGGAGUAUUACGACUUGAAGAGAGAUUAA